CUUUCCUGGUUCCUGCCACUGGGUAUAUAAGAGCUGCUCCCACAGCGCCCGGGGACACCGUGAGCAGCUGCACCAGCACAUCAAAGGGCUCCAGGUGCUGGGUCAGGAGAUGUUGCCCUUGUGGUGUCUCGUCCUUCUUGGGGGCCUCCUCAACCUGGGCAGUGCCCUUGGGCUGAGCCCUGUGCAACCCAGUGAUGGUCUGCUUGGUACUGGUCUUCUCGGCAGUGAAGGUCUCGUCAGCAACAAAGGUGGAUUGCUUGGCACAGGCCUUCUAGGUGAAGGUGGCCUGCUUGGUACCGGCCUCCUGGGCAGGGGCAGUCCAAGUGGAGAAGAAAGUGGAGGUCCCCUUGGUGCAGGAGAACAGUCCAGCAGCUCUGGGAUCCUUGGCACAGGCCUCCUAGGAGGACAACCUGGCAGCAGCGGUCUGCUCGGCACAGGCAUCCUUGGUGGGGAAAGCCUUGGUAAUGGCCUUCUUGGCAAUGGCCUCCUCAGCAAUAAAAGCCUUCUUGGAGAUAAAGGUCUGCUUGGCACAGGCAUCCUUGGUGGGGAAAGCCUUGGCAAUGGUCUUCUUGGCAAUGGCCUCCUUGGCAAUACAAGCCUUCUUGGAGAGAAAGGUCUGCUCGGCACAGGGCUGCUUGGAAAAGGAGGUCUCCUAGGCAAUGGAAGUAUGCUUGAUCUUGAUGGUCUUCUGGGUGGAGGAGGACUCCUAGGUGGAGAACUGCUGGGUGGAGGAGGACUCCUAGGUGGAGGACUGCUGAGUAAUGGGAUCCCUCACAAGUCAACACACUUGGCCUGGUUGAAGGCACUGAACCUCGAGAAUGUCAGAGUGUCAUGGCAGAUCCUCAGUGGGCGUGAGCUCGUGCUGAAGCUGUACUCGAAGCUGGUGCUGCGCUUGCCAGGGAUUUUUCACUUUCUGAGCGGAUCCUCGGUAGAAACGAACAUCACGUCCCACAUCGCCCUGACCCAGGACACCCCCGGGGACCUCAAGUUCAUGGUUAAGGAUUGCAGCAACCUGCUUGGUGGCUUCAGGGUCAACCUGCGCCCGGGCCUCUUCACCAACCUGGUGAGCCGGUUGCUGAACUCCUCUCUGCAGACCCUCGUGCCUGCACUGCUUUGCCCAUUAGUGAAUAUUUGGGUCAGCAUCAUCAAUAUUAAGCUACAGUUCCUCAACCGUCUCAUCCCCUUUGGGCUCCUGGGGAAGAUCCACUCGGCUCUCUCCAGUUUGCCGCUGACGUCUGGGCAGUACGUGGAGCUGGAUUUGCAGCGUUCCCCAUUCCCAGGCGCCUUCAUCGACUGGCUCCUGCAAAUUGCAGGAGUCGACCCCGGGAGUGCUGAGUAGCUGCGGGAGUGGCAGCGCCGUGGGGUGUCCUGGUGGCAACUGCCCCCGUAUCACCCUGAGGAGGAGCAGGGAUGGGAGGAAGAUGACUUGAUGCCUGCAGAAUAGACAUGAAAACGGAGGAACCCCACCAAGAAAAUACACUAUAUUUUCCUGCUUUGUAUUUCAGCCUUACCACACUUUGGUGUCUCUGUUCAGUCCAGGGUUAGCCGUGCCAAUGGUCAGCUGUGCCAAUGGUUAGCUGUGCCCCCUGCCCUUCCAGCUGUCCUGGCCAUGAGCUGCUUGUCACCGCAGUCACUGACAGAGCCACCCCCACUCCUCUGGUCACACGCACCCCAGUUUCACGCUGGACCAGGACAUCCCCACAUCCUGGUUUGUGCCCCUACGGCCGCCCCACUGGGACUGAGUUUGCACCAACUUCCCGGGAGGGGCAGAAAGAAAAGGAACAAUCGCUGCUGAAAUGUGAACACUCUGUGUUUGCUCUCCUGCUUCUGCUUGAUUAGCUGACUAUUUCAAAAGGAAAUGUUGCUGUUUGUAGUGAUUUCAUACUGUUAGAAGGCAAAGGCAGCCUACAAUCUAAUCCAAACAUGUACUUGGCUGAUAUGUUCCCAACCAGUUAUGCUUUGAACUGAUCACAGUGAACGCUAUCCUGUCGUGUAAUCUCCAAGUGGAUUUGUCUGUGUUGUGGGUGAGGCGGAUUCACGUCCCUUCUGUUGCUUCUUACAAUAAAAAGGAUUUUUCUUCAUCUGCA